AUGAGGGUCAGAACGCACACCCUGCUAGCAUGGCUGCGGUUCUGCUUUGCCUCAACAGGACAGAGUGAAGCUACCUCCACCCCACUAUCUUCAUCAGCCACACCAUCACCAUCCUCAAAUACACUGCAAAUCUCUCACCCUCCCACAGCUGUUGCUCUAUUGGCUACUGAGGACGAUGUCGCCACCAUUGACUCCCAGCCUGCACCAAUCUCUGUUACUGAAAACACCACAAGAAGCAACACAACAGUGGAGCUUAAAGUCGAUGAAAACCCAUUUGAACAGGUGACGGAGGAAUCCUCAGCUGCAACACCGACCACAACUCUCCGUCAUCACGUAGCCUCGCCUCCAGGCUCUUGUAAUCAGUCACCUCCAGUCACGCACAGGCAGCCAAACACACUACAUCUGUCCACGGGGAGCACAGAGCGCAGAGCUCCAGCUACACAAGUGCUUGUGGAGAUUGAAAAGAGCACUAUGAUGAGGGUCAUCCUGCAGGCUCUGAUAUCAUGUCUACUGUUGACAGCUGCCGUAACACAACAGGGGUCAACAGCACCAACUACUGAACCUCGUGAGCCAAGUACUUAUGUCGCUGAGCAAACGUUGUCUUCACUUUCUUCCUCAUCCCCAUCUAUCACAACUGACACCCAAGACUCAAGCAUCAGUAGCAGCACCAACCCCACCCCCAACACAGAACAAACCGCCAGCCCCAUCACCACCCAAAACACCGGCACAACAAGUACCACCACCGGCCCCAUCACCACCCAAAACACCGGCACAACAAGUACCACCACCGGCCCCAUCACCACCCAAAACACAGGCACAACAAGUACCACCACCGGCCCCAUCCCCACCCAAAACACAGGCACAACAAGUACCACCACCGGCCCCAUCCCCACCCAAAACACAGGCACAACAAGUACCACCACCGGCCCCAUCCCCACCCAAAACACAGGCACAACAAGUACCACCCCCGGCCCCAUCCCCACCCAAAACACAGGCACAACAAGUACCACCCCCGGCCCCAUCCCCACCCAAAACACAGGCACAACAAGUACCACCACCGGCCCCAUCCCCACCCAAAACACAGGCACAACAAGUACCACCCCCGGCCCCAUCCCCACCCAAAACACAGGCACAACAAGUACCACCCCCGGCCCCAUCCCCACCCAAAACACCGGCACAACAAGUACCACCACCGGCCCCAUCCCCACCCAAAACACAGGCACAACAAGUACCACCACCGGCCCCAUCCCCACCCAAAACACAGGUACAACAAGUACCACCACCGGCCCCAUCACCACCCAAAACACAGGCACAACAAGUACCACCAGUACCACCACCACCAGCAGCACCACCACCACCAGAGCCACCCAAACCACCACACUGGUACAAGGACAUGAGUCCGAGGCUCUGAGCUCAGGAAUUAUUGCAGCUAUUAUUGUUGUGUUCAUAGUGACUAUCCUCCUAGCGUUGGUUGGGAUUUACUACUACAAAAUCCGACGUAGAUCUUAUGGCCCUCUUCUGGACAACAACACACAGGACACUUUGGCACACUUCAGCAACCCAAUGUAUGACCCUUGAUUCCUUAUUUUUGAACCUCCAACUCCAGAAGUGACCUUCUAAACCCAGAGCCCUCCGCGUUUGGAUGGAGACGUUCUGAUCAGAGUGCGUUUUCAGUAGAAUGAGUUCAGUGCCUGAUCGCCAAAAAGCAAAGAAUGAUAUGAGAUGUUUUCUAUUGAUCUUUGUGAAAGUAGUCUAAUUUCUUUGUAUUGCUAGGUAGAGUAAACAUAGAAGGACAUGUUAAAACAGCUCUGGCUGCAUGGACUUACCGCAUAAUUAUAUUACCACAACUAAAAAGUAAAAUCACAGUGAAAACAAGCGUGUUCACCAGUUUUGUUUGACAAAAAGGAGGGAUUUUGUAAACUCAACCAGGAUGUUUUUACAGUAAACGAGUACAAAGGCUAGGAGUUGUAAUAGAUGAGGAAGCUAUGGCUGGUCUUACCAUGGAUUGUUCCUUAUGGGCACUUGAGAUACCUUUUUCUAAAUUAAACUGUGAAAUGAUGAGAUGUCUGUCGCAAAAUAGAUAAUUGUGCCGACAUUAACUUGAAUGUUGCCAGCCAGACAAAGUUCAAAGCUCAGACAGCACUCAUCUACAAAUCUCAGAGGAGACGAAGAUUUAUUUCAUACUAUUUUAAGGAAAAUGUGUUUCAUUUAAAAGAGUGUUUUUACAUUUUAAAUGACAUAGUGUUUCUCUUGUACCUGAUCAACUUCAACUACUAUUUAUGAGUGAGUUUUGUAUUAUUGUACUUUACUAGUGUGACGUUUUUUUUAAUGUUUCAGUGUGAUUUUGCUUUGCUGGGCAGCUCACCCAGGCUGUGACAACAUCGUAUUGUGCAAUACAAGUAUAUAUAUAUUUGAAGACA